GAUAGGAGAGGGGAAGGGGGCACCACUGCCGAAGACAGUUUUGCGAUCAUGGCGGACCCGUUGAGUCUGCUGCGGCAGUACAACGUUAAUAAGAAGGAGAUAAUCGAACGUGAGAACCAGAUAAUAUUCGGCGAGUUCUCCUGGCCGAAGAACGUGAAAACCAAUUAUCUGACUUAUGGAUCUGGGAAGGAAGGUACACCCAAGGAAUAUUACACACUCGAGUGUCUUCUAUUUCUGCUCAAACAUGUUCAACUUACACAUCCAGUAUAUGUACGACAAGCAGCUGCGGAGAAUAUCCCAGUGGUGCGUCGACCUGACAGAAAAGAUUUACUGGCCUAUCUCAAUGGUGAGACUGCCACAUCAGCCGCCAUAGACAAAUCGGCACCGUUGGAGAUUCCAACUCAAGUGAAACGUGCCGCCGAAGAUGGCUUGGAGAGCGGCUCGUCAAAAAAACCUCGUUUCGAGGAGACCCAUGUGCAAAAGGUGAAGGAACAGCUAGCUGCGCGUUUAGAUGCUCCAAAAGAGGCAUCAGUUACUGUCGACAAUAUCAAAUCUCUCUCGGAGGCAAUGUCGGUGGAGAAGAUUGCCGCGAUCAAGGCAAAACGUUUGGCGAAAAAGCGUACCACCAUCAAGGAAAACGAUGAUAUCGGUAUGGGCUCAGAUCUGCGCGUGAUUCUCGACAUGGACGUGGACGAUACAAAGGACAUCGUGUCUCGCGAACGCCAGUGGCGGACUCGUGCCACCAUUCUUCAGAGCAGUGGCAAGAUUUUCGCAAAGAAUAUUUUUGCUAUUCUGCAAAGCAUCAAAGCGCGCGAGGAGGGCAGGCAGAAGGGCCCGGCCGUGCCCACGCCCAUGGUGACGCCGCGUUCGACACCCAUGCGGCCUCUGCCACAACCGGCUGUAUACAAUCGUUAUGAUCAGGAGCGUUUCAUCCGGCAGAAGGAAGAAACGGAAGGCUUCAAAAUCGACACCAUGGGCACGUAUCACGGCAUGACGCUGAAGUCCGUGACUGAGGGCACGAAUCCCGCGGUAAGGAAACCACCGACCAAUCCAUCUGCCACGCCGACUUCUGGUUUACUGCCGACAUCCGCCGCUAAACUAACGCCUCAGCAAGCCGCGCAAAACAAACGACCGAGCCGAACGCCUAUCAUCAUUAUACCCAGCGCUAAUACAUCUCUCAUCACUAUGUACAAUGCCAAGGAUAUUCUCCAAGAUUUAAAAUAUAUCAGUAAUGAAGAUAAACGGGCACAAGGCUGUAAACGAGAGAAUGAAGUGCUUCUUCAACGGCGGAAGGAAGGCGGCUUCACCGUACCUUAUCGAGUAGUCGAUAAUCCACAGAAGCUCACCCAUGCCGACUGGGAGAGAGUGGUUGCUGUAUUUGUUAUGGGACCGGCAUGGCAAUUCAAGGGUUGGCCAUUUGACGGCAAUCCAGUGGAAAUCUUUUCGAAAAUAUGUGCAUUUCACUUGAAAUACGACGAGAUGAGGUUGGACACAAAUGUAGCGCGAUGGGCGGUCACAGUGAUCGAGUUGAGUCGGACGAAGAGGCACUUGGACAGAGCAGCGUUAAUGAUAUUUUGGGAACAUCUCGAUAAACAUAUGAUCAAGAAUAAGCCACAUCUUCGCUUCUAAAGUUCUGUGGUUCGGACAGUAGAAGCGAAAGUAUACCGAUUGCGGCGUCCUAUGUUGCCACCAGUUGGAAUUCUUAUUGAUAAGAAUAAUUAGGGCCAUGAGGUCCUCCGGCGAUGGUGUUGCGACGCUGAUUUGUACCGCGGAUAAAACGUCCGCGAAAAAUAAUGUGAUGUGUGAUGACCGGAUCGUCGUCAUACUACGUUAGACGUUUACAUUCUAUUGUUGCUUGCACGAAUAAAGUACUAAAAAAUAUUGCAUUGAA